AUAUUUUUUGUUAUGUUCUAAGAUUCUCUUUUUAGAUCAAAUGAUCAUACUCUUGAUUAGAAACUAUAUAAAUGUCAUCAACCCGUUUGUAAUUACCCGAGCAAUGCACAAGCAGUUAGAUCCUAACUCUUCGUACGUGAAAGCUUUGCUCAAUGACGACGUGGUCUGGUUAUGCAACUUGUUCCUCAAGAAAGGUUUUGAGAUUCGUGUUGUCGGUGGAGCAGUCCGCGACAUGUUGAUGCAAAGAAAGGCCAAAGAUAUUGACUUAUCUACUACAGCUACACCGAACGAAAUGAUCAAAGUAUUUCAACAAAGCAAUGUACGUUAUAUCGAGACAGGAUUACAACAUGGUACCUUAACUGCGCAUAUUAACAAAAAUGAUUUCGAAGUGACAACGUUGCGGAUAGAUGUUGAAACUUAUGGACGCUUAGCUAAGGUUGAGUUCACACAUGACUGGAGGUUGGAUGCGCUCCGAAGAGAUUUGACUUUCAAUGCAAUGAGCAUGAAUAUAAACGCUAUGUUGUAUGAUUAUUUUGAUGGUGAGACAGAUUUAAAAAAUGGAAAGGUGCGGUUCGUCGGAGAUGCCGAGUGUCGCAUUAAAGAAGAUUACUUAAGAAUACUUCGUUAUUUCCGAUUUUACGGUAGGAUUGCACCCGAUAUACAUCAACAUGAAAGCGUUACUUUAAAUAUUAUAAAAAAUUUGGCAUCAGGUCUGAAACAAAUUGCUGUGGAGAGGAUAUGGGUGGAAGUGAGCAAAAUAUUAACUGGCGGACAUGCACCCCAUCUGGUUAAACUUAUCUACGAUCUGGGCGUGGCAGAAAAUAUAGCUUUACCUGCUUGUGAAGAAAAGCAUUUCACUGAAUUCGAGAAGGUUUGGGCAGACACACGCGGUGUUCAACCACACCCUGUUUCGCUUCUCGUAACUCUUGUCGACACAGCGAACCAAGCUGAGCAGCUCGCAAUAAAGUGGAAACUAUCAACAAACGAAAAAAAUCUCGCUUGCUUCAUAGCUUCACAUCGGUAUCAAGCAGUUGCCGAAAGGAUAGAUUCCUCUGAAGCUGUGUUCAAACACGCAAGUUUGAAAUAUUACCAAGAUAUACUUGUGAGAAAAUGCAAUCCAAAAAAUACAAUGCUUAUAAAAGACCAAGUGAAAGAACUUUUACAUUACGAAGGAAAAACGACGGAGAGCGAACUUAUAGCUAAAUGGACGGUCCCAAAGUUUCCCAUCACGGGAGCCGAUCUAAAACAGAAAGGUGUAAAACAAGGACCAGACAUGGGAAGAAUAUUAAAUAAAUUGAAAGAUUUAUGGAUUGAAAGUUAUUAUACUUUAACAAAAGAUUAUUUAUUAGAAAAAGUAGAUGUAUAUGGUUAAAGUGUUUGAAUCUAAUAUUGUUCCAACAUGCGACAUUUUUGGUUAAAUAAACUUGAUUAUUUCCUUAAUUAUAUAUAUUCAAUGCUGACCGUGUCUCACUAAUAAAUUUUUUAACGUGAUAUUUUUCUUUUUGAUAAAUUGAAAAAUCGUUAGUUGUUAGUUGAUGCUUUUUUUUCUUUGUUGCCUUGUAAAUUUGUUGUUGUUUUUGUUGACGUUGUUGUUCUAAUUGAAACUCUGGAGUUCUAAAAAUUCAAUACAAUGACUUCUCUUUAUUUGGAAAUCGCAAAUGAAUAAAUUUUAAUGUAAGCUAAAAUGCUUAUGUAAAAAAAAAAAGAUUUUUUAGAUACACAAUAAAAAAAAACACUCUUAACGACUAUGUUUUGUUUGUGGUUCUCUGUUCGGGCUAUAUAAAAUCCAGCAGAGAGGCUUUUACUCUAAUUUUAAAUAUUUAAUUCAACCAGCUUGAUCUAUGUGUUUUUGUUUUAAUAUUUACUUGAUUCUUGUAGCAUUUUCAAGUAUAUGUUUCUCACAUGUACUUUUGUUACCUUGCACUCGCCCAUAAUUUUUCUGUUUAGUUUACUUGGGAAGGAACAUGAAGGAAUUUUUAUGCAAAUUAAAAACAAUUUAAUUACUGUAAAUAAACGCACUCGUAAAAA